CUGCGCGCUACGCUCCACACUAGCAGCAGCAGCAGCUUCUGCUUCUCCUUUGCCCCCGUCCACGCGUGUCUUCCGCGGCGACGAUGCGAACGCACCCCGCUGGACGCCGCCGAUUGUAGCCACAAGUGUGCAGAGCGAGGUACUCACACACAGACACACACACACACGUUCGCCUCGGCCUCUUCGAUAAUCCGAAUCGCUGGCCGGGCGACUGUGGCGCUACGGACGGAUUUUCGACCCACUCAGCAGGCGGGUUUCCUUCAGCAAUCGCCCCCACCACCUUCCAACAACUUUCGGGGCAACACGCGGUGCCACCACCAACAGGGGAUCCAAGUUGAGUGGCUGCGGGGCCCGUGCGUGCUCGUCGCCAUGCUGAAGACCCGGCAAUGUUUACUCGGCAUCCGCACUUUUCUCGGCGUGACGUCCAGAAUGUGGGGCUUCAUCAUGUACAUCCUCAGGAAGCACCUACGAACGAUAAUCCAGUAUCAGACGGUGCGAUACGACACUUUGCCUCUGUCGCCCAUCUCCAGAAACAGACUCAAUGGAGUAAAGAGGAAGAUUCUGGUUCUGGACCUGGACGAGACGCUGAUCCACUCGCACCACGACGGGGUCCUCAGACCCACAGUGAGACCUGGCACGCCGCCAGACUUUAUCCUUAAAGUCGUCAUUGAUAAGCACCCGGUCAGAUUCUUUGUACAUAAAAGGCCACACGUUGACUUCUUUUUAGAAGUGGUGAGCCAGUGGUAUGAGCUGGUGGUUUUCACAGCCAGUAUGGAGAUCUAUGGCUCAGCGGUGGCGGACAAACUGGACAACAAUAGGAACAUCCUGAAACGCAGAUACUACAGACAGCAUUGUACAUUGGAUCUAGGUAGUUAUAUUAAAGACCUGUCUGUAGUACACGAUGACCUGUCCAGUAUUGUCAUCCUGGACAACUCGCCUGGUGCUUAUCGUAGCCAUCCAGACAAUGCAAUACCCAUCAAGUCCUGGUUCAGCGACCCUAGUGACACAGCACUUCUUAACUUGCUGCCUAUGCUGGAUGCACUAAGGUUCACUGCUGAUGUCCGCUCCGUCCUCAGUCGAAACCUCCACCAGCACCGGCUCUGGUGAUUGGCUGAAUCAAGAGGGGGGUGGGACUUGUUGACCAACCUCUUCCCUCUCUUCCGGCUUCCUUCCUGCCCUCCGUUCCCAGACAGACGACCCACCAGCCCUCUCUGAGGUGUCCUGAGGAGGCGAGGGUUGGGGUGACCGCCUAAUACGGGAUGGACAGUAUGGGAUCAUCAGAGCCCAGAAACUACAGGGGAGGGAGGGAGAGCCAGCUGUUUUUUUUUUUUGUUUUUUAGUUUUUCUCAAUUCUUUAUUUGUAUUUUUUUUUCUUUCCAAAACAAAAUGGAGCCUCUCUGCCUUAUCGCUCCUGAUACUGACUGUGGUGAGCGAGUGUACACGAGUUGGAGAACGCUUGCUGAAUUUGUUAGUCCUUUUUAAACUUUUUUGAAAGAUUGGAAAGGGGAGGAGAGGGAUCAGCAAAAGCAAACCAAGACAAUUCUACAUUAUUAAUUCUUCUUCCUCUCCAUCAUCACCAGACGUUGCACUAAAGCAAACAGCUCUUCAAUAUACUGUCUCAACCCUCUCGGAGUAAUUUGAGCUGAGGAAAAUAAAAAAGCGGCCGUUUUCUUUUUUAGAUCAGUGUCAUACCCCCCAACGGCGAUUCAUCGAUUCCUGAGGUACAUCUUUUUUUUACACCCAGCAAGAAUAGAUCUUCUUACAUGAAGUAACUGAUGGACUUUGCUUGGAACAUACACAUCCACAGGCAUUUUUUCUGGACAAAUAGCCGAGCAGUCUGCUGUAUAAUUUUUUCCGGCCAUAAACCAUCGCUCUUUCCACAAAGUUCCUAACAAGCCACGGUGAUAAAGACGUGACUAAAAAGUUAUGAUGGGGGGAAAAAAGUAUGGCUUGUAAACGAUAUGUGGACUGCCGUGCCGCCUUUCCAUAUCUGAUUGUUAUUCUGGUUCCAUGAUAUAUGACAAUGUGUUCUGCAUACCAUGACACAUUUCGCUCUUCCCCUUUACCAUUUGAUGCCAUCCUGAUUUCAUCUAAUAGGAAUUGCACUUAAUGACUACUCCCCACCCCUUCUGUUUUUGUUGCAGUUGGUUUUGUAUUGGAUUCAAAUUUGCAGACUUUUCCCCUUUCAGUUUUUACCCGCUCCCUUAAUGUAUGGGUUCAACUGUCAGACCCUCUGUCUCUAAAUGCCUUCUGAACAAUGUCAGUCUUGUUAAGGCUCACAGUGGCUUCUUAUUGGCUCUGUCUCCAGGUCUGUGUUACUAAUAAAACACUUGUCAGUAUCGGCCA